AUGGCCUCCUCACACAGUGGACCUCGCCAGCCGGCGCACCUCGAGACCCCCGGGACAGCCUCGUCCUUUGAACGGCCAAAGCUCACCACCACCACUACCCGCACAACGGCGCACCGCCUCCCCCCGCCUGCUCUCUUCCAAGGCCCACCCUCGAAGAACGCCUCGCACAUCUCUCUCGUUUUACCCACCGACCGCGUUCCUGGGGCUCCCUCCUCCGAAACCGAAAAUGCGGGCCACCAACACCGGAUCAUGCGCCCGUCGCGCGUCCCGCCGGCUUCCUCCUUCUCCGGCCCCAGCUCCGGCCACCUGCGUCAGCAUGCCUCUGGCGCUGCAGGGGGAGCCGUCGCAGACGACAACCGCGCCGAGCAACUGUGGGCGGAGAUGCAAAAGACGCUCGCCGAUGUGGAACUGUCGGCCAUGAACACGUCGCACGUCUUCGGGGCAAGCCACCUGCACGCGCUGGAGGAUCUGCGCGCGGCCCAGCUCUCGCUCGCGCAGACCUGGGCGAAGACCGAGACGGACGAACUGCUCGAGCACGAUUUCGACACCACGAGCAGAAACGAAGCCAACGUCGGGGCAGCGUUGGAGGCCAAGACCUCGGCGGGGGGGACGGCCAACGUUCCGCCCAUGCCCAUGUCCACGCCGAGCACCGCAGCACGCGCGAAGGGCACGACGCCGCAGACGGGCUCGUCCCCCGCGACGGCAAAGGACGGGAAGGACGGUAAGGAUGGUGGCGGCAAGCCGAGCGCGUUCACGAAUGAUAAGAACCUGGAGGAGGAGACGGAGCGGGACAUCCAACUCGCGAGGAAGCGCCGCGAGGCCAACGACCGGUAUUUCUCGCAGGUCAAUCGUGGGGUGUUGGAGGUGGUGAGUAAGCUUGACGAGGUGGCCGGGGCGAUGAGGCGCGUCGAGCGCGAGAGCCGCGAGAUCUGGGACGAGAGUACCGACGAGGAUGACACCGAGGAUGAGCGCACGGGCGGCAGUGAGACAGAGGAGGGUGAUGCUGAUGGCGAGGGAGGGAGUGGUACGGAACGGUCGGGCUUGACAGACAGUCCUGUGCCUGUGAGGAAGGAUGGAUGA